CAGAAGGGAGAACAUGGCGGCGGCCGUCCGGAGCGUGCAGCGGCUCGUGGGGCAGACGGUGCGAACGGGGAGGCUCUUCCCGGAGUUUUGGCGAUGGACUUCUCAACCGCUUUGCACAAUGACGCAAGAGAAAAGCACUGGACCAAAGUUGGAAGAAGAACCAAAUCAGAGCCACAAUGAACAAAAGUCUGAUUCUGGCUCCGCUGCAGAGAUAUUAACAAAGGAAAAGACCAAACUGGAAGAACAGUUACAAGAAAUUACUGACAAGUAUAAACGUGCCCUGGCAGAUGUGGAAAAUCUGAGGCAGAGAACUCAAAAGCUGGUAGAAGAAGCAAAGUUAUAUGGAAUUCAAAAUUUCUGCAAGGACUUGCUGGAAGUUGCUGAUGUUCUGGAAAAAGCAACUGAGUCUGUUCCCAAAGAAGAACUCAAGGAUGAAAACCCUCAUCUGAAAAACCUGUAUGAAGGUCUUGCCAUGACAGAAGUUCAAAUACAGAAAGUGUUCAAAAAACAUGGCUUGAUGAAACUGAAUCCUCUUGGAGCCAAAUUUGAUCCUUAUGAACAUGAAGCAUUAUUCCAUGUUCCCAUGGAAGGCAAAGAGCCUGGCAUUGUCGCUUUAGUAUCCAAGGUUGGCUAUAAGUUGCAUGGCCGUACUUUGAGGCCUGCUUUAGUAGGUGUUGCAAAAGAACCUUAGUAGUCCAAUUUGAAAAUUAAAAAUGCCACAAAGCUAUUAGAUUCCUGGAUAAUGGCCCACUAAACGAUGAUUCAAGAAAAGAUGUGAAAGGCCAAACUAAAUGGGGCAGCAAUGCAGAUGAAGCGAUGUUGAAAACUUGUUUUUAAAUGAAUACAUAUAAUGUGGAGAGACUACGAAGUCAGUGGUCUAAACUACAAGUACAACUCACUGUGAUUAAUCAAAGGUAUUUUGUAUUGUAAUUGGGCAAAUUAAUAAUGCAGUGUAGAUUGUUGUCCAUAAUGAAAGCCUUUAAACUCUUAGUGUCAUGUUAUAUUUAUAUCUUUACAGUAGCAUUUUUUGCUCAUUCUUUUAUGGAUUGUACACCAGUCUAACAGCUAGUUAAUUGCUUUUGUUCUCAUGGAAGGCAUCUAAUAAUUGUAUGACACUGAAAUAACAGAAGAACUUUAAAAUGCUAUCAACCUUUUCCAUUUAGCUUAGUAUUAAAUGUGAUUCCAAAGUUGUGCAGUGUUGCUAUACAAACUAAUUGAAGUAAUUUCAAAGAAACAAAUAGGCAACUGUUUGGAUACAUUCAACUAGAUCAUACAGAUAAGAAUCCAUACACUUCGACCAUCCGGAAGCUCCUACGGCAUAUACAGGGGAGUGUGGGAGGGCUGGGCUGAACACCUGCCUGAUGCAAAAUGAGAACACUGUCUUGAUGCGGACGGUAAGUGUGUCUGUGCUUGUCCACCAACACAAUUGCCUACAGAAGAUUGCAGGUAAUGACUGUGUGGAUUAAUGGCUGUUAACAAUGUAGGUACUUUGAAUGAAACAAUAUAAUGCUUCUGUUUAACUCUUUCUUGCAAGGCUCUCUUUUCUACAUCUGUAUUAAAGCUAAAUCUUGGGAUUGAA